CGAUAACAAGCCGAUGAGGGAGAGACAGAAGAAAGCAAAAACCAGACACAAAGAAGAAGAAGAAAGUGAUCGGAGAAGCCAAACAAAACUCACCAUCUCAAACACGGAGACCCAACAAAUCUGAAAACCUCUUCCUUCCUUCCAAUCUGAGACUCCCUCAAAGGAGGUGGUAGAAGCGAAUCGGUAGAGCUGCCGCAAACCCUCUGUUCAUCUUCAUCAUCGGUGCUCUAACCCUUCCUUCACCUAUCUACCAUCUCCUUCCUUCUUUUAUCAUCUCUUCUUUUUUCGAUUCAAAGAUACAGAUCAAACCCCAUGCGGCGAGCAAGAGCCACCGCUGCAGCAGAAAAUCAAUCCCCGGCCGCAUGCAAGAAGCCGCGUGCGCCGAGAACGACGCAGCCGUCGCAGCAGCAGAAACCGCAGAUCAGAUUCCGCGGCGUGCGGAAGCGGCCGUGGGGGAGAUUCGCGGCGGAGAUCAGAGACCCGUGGAAGAAGACGCGUGUUUGGCUAGGGACGUUCGAUUCGGCCGAGGACGCGGCGAGGGCCUAUGACGCCGCCGCCAGGUCGUUAAGGGGGCCGAAGGCCAAGACGAACUUCUCUCUGCCGUGCGAUCCUUUCUACGGCGGCGAUUUCAACGACGACGCGAUUUGCUCCAAGAUCGAUGUGAUCCAGGCCAGCCGGCCGACCUCCAGCAGCCUCAGCAGCACCGUCGAGUCCUUCAGCGGGCCGAGGGUCAACUCCGGCAAGCCGCCUCCUUUGAAAGCCACGCAGCGGAGACCGGUGUAUCCGGUCUCGCCGGAGGACUGCCACAGCGAUUGUGACUCGUCUUCCUCCGUCGUCGACGACGGUGACGAUUGCGUCCUCACGUCGUCUUUCCGGAGAGUCCUGCCUUUCGAUCUGAACAUGCCGCCGCCGAUGGAUGGUUUUGAUUUUUCCGGCGACAACGUGGAUGACGACGAUCUUCGAGCCACCGCCCUCUGCCUCUGAUUUCUACAUGGAUCUAAAUCAUGGUCCCCCUCUUUAAUUUCCCUAUCUUAUUUUCUCGGGAAAAAAACAUCUUUCAAAAACAAAAAGGAAAAUCUGGUACUGGUGGCUGAGAAGAAUCUGAGUUUUCUUAAUCUGUCUUUGUUUUUUCUUCUUCUUUGAAACCUGCUCUGUUAGAGUAUUGUUGUUGUUGUAGAAUAGCUUCUGGGUGUUCUUCAACUUUGGGAUGGGUUACUGAAAUAUCAUCUGUACUAUUAAAGCUUAAUAUAGUUCUUGUUACAAAUUAGUGGAUCUGACUUCUGGGUCUGCCUGCCCUGAUGAUCAGACUUCACUCUUAUCAUCACCCAUCUUAUAUUUUAUCCUUUCUCUGUACAAAAAAAAAAUCAUCUAAAUCUAAACUAUCCGUAAUCUUAUGCUGUGUA